AUGCUGGCCGAAGGAUGUUGCAGAGGAAUGGAGAGAGUCCGGGGUAAGAUUGCGUCAGACUCUUUGCCGAAAGCCACCUAUCCUCAGCAAUAUGUGCAGACCGGCCCCCAGCAGCAGGGCAGCGACAUCCAGGAGCUCGCCUCCAAACGGGUCGAUAUCCAGAAGAAACGUUUCUACCUGGACGUGAAGCAGAGCGUGCGCGGACGCUUCCUCAAAAUCGCCGAGGUGUGGAUCGGCAAAGGCCGCCACGAUAACAUUCGGAAGAGCAAAUUGACUCUGUCCAUGUCGAUGGCGCCCGCGCUCCGCUACUGCCUGGGGGAUUUCAUCGACUAUUACGCCCGGAUCGGAUUGCGGGGGGGCCUCGCGCCCCAGCCGCCGCCGCCGCAGCUCGACGAGCACGGCGGCGGCAACGAUCAGGGCCGCGCGCUCGAACCCCGCAGGAGAGCGCAGGAGCCCGCGUCGUCGCCCACUGGCUCCGCGGCGUCAGACGACCACGCGCAUCGCGUCCUCAAAAGCGAAUUCAUCGAGAGGGACAACCGAAAGUACUUUCUGGACCUGAAGGAGAACCAGAGGGGGAGGUUCCUACGCAUACGACAGACUGUCAGCAAAGGGCACGGCACGAUGGGCUACUACGGCCAGGGGAUCGAACAGACCAUCGUGCUGCCCGCGCAGGGUCUCAUCGAGUUCAGGGACGCGCUGUCGCAGCUCAUCGAGGACUACGGCGAGGACGAGUGCGACGAGCGCGGUCGAGCCGUGACCAGGAACCGCGACCAAAGCCCCGAGCUUCCAGAGGCCGCGUCCUUUCGCGUGGACAACAAGAGGUUUUAUUUUGACGUGGGUUCCAACCGCUAUGGCGUCUUUUUAAAAAUCAGCGAAGUGCGCCAGCCGUACAGAAACACCAUCACCGUCCCUUUAAAAGCCUGGGCGAGAUUCGGGGAGAAUUUCAUCCGUUACGAAGAGGAGAUGCGGAGAAUUUUUCAUUGUCACAAAGAGAAGAGCGCUGAGGCUCGGCAGGACAGUGAGGAGCAGGACUGAGCGACCUUAGCAGUCGGACGGAAGCUCAAAAUCGUGCACUUGUGUAACGUCCGUACUGCGUGUAUGUGUGUGUGUGUGUGUGCCCCCGAAAAGACAAGUAAAUUGAAUUUUAUAGCUUAUAAAUCAGAAAUAUAAAGCCCCCAAGUCAAAAUCAACACAUCUCCUCAAAAUCCGCUUUAACACCCCCCACGUCAAGUCUUGUAAAUCGAAUACUACUUUAAAUGCACUAAAAAACUGUUAAAUAGUGGAACUGUGGCAACGUGUAAAAGACUUGCUACGAAACGAUCUCUCCCUCUCUCUGUUCAAAAUGUAUAACGGUUUUGUCCCGAUAAAGAAAUUGUAUGAAGAGAUAUGCCGUUUAUAAAAUGACUGAUAGUUUUAUCAUUGAUCAAAAAGGAAAAUGUUAAUUGAUGGUUGACUUGUUUUAGGGGUCCCAUGUGGGGCAACAAGCUUCUUAUUGUCCCUACAUCUCAUGUCUUACAAAUGUGAUAUACUUGCUAAUGUUUCAGACAGUCAACAUGGUCUCGUGGUGUGCGAGGAGGCCACUUUGCUCCUGAUGCAGGUUUCCAAAGAGAAUAUGAGUCACUGGUGAUGUGACCUAUGGUUGUAACUUUUCACCUGCAGAAUGUUAUUUGAUGCUGACAUGAAUUGCAUGUGACCAUCGUAGAUGAGUUAACGAUGCACAAUCUCAGAAGCAGAGGUCAUUUAUUUCAGUCACACCGUAACUCAAAGACGUGCACACACAUACAUACACACACACAUUUUUUGGAGUGUGCAUCUUUCCAAUCAUAGACUAUUUAAAAAAGAUUCAAUUUUAAAGUGGAACUAUUCAAUUUGGUUCGACUCAGUGGAAUUACGAUUCGAUUCGAUAUGCUACAGGUCAUUUCAAGAAGGUAUGAUGCAAGGAAUAUAUAUAUAUGUACAAAUAUAAAUAUAAAUAUCAUAUAGAACAUCCUGCAGUUUAUAAAAUGUAGCGAUUUUCACACUCAUUUCGGGGCUGGCAACCUGUAAGUCAAGACCUGAGGUGUUUAUUGAUGUUGUUGUACCAACAGAUCCCCUCACUUUCUUUUGCCACAUGGCUCGUGUCACCAUGAAGGCAAGCGACAGUUUACGGGCUGACUGAGUGGUGCGGUACAUGAACGUACACCCUUCAAUCCAACACAAGCACUUUGAGAAAUAUUUUUAAACAGAAUGAAUUAAAAAACUACAAAAGAAUCAAUCUAACUUGUACUAUACCCCCGGUGUAGCGAAUUAUGUAAUACUUUAUAUAAUUUAGAAGUCACAAACAAAUUGAACUUACCAUGAGCAAGUGAUGCAUGGGGAUUCAUUAGAGAGAGAUCAUUUGAAUCAUCUUCACCCACCUCCCUAAAAAAAAAAACAAUUAAAACACCCCCGCCCCCGCCAUGAUGGUGAAUGACAGGUGUUUGGGGGGGUUGAUUACUGCCGAUGAUAGAAGUUACAGCCAAUUUAUGUGUCCGACAAAUAAUUAUACAAAGCUAGUGGCUGCUAGUUCAAUGACAAAAAUUCACAGAAAUGUGUCUGUUGUCUGCCCUGUUUUUUUUCUUCCCCCUUUUAAUGGAUAUGAGACCACUUUUUGGUCUCACUGUAUUGAACAGCUUGAUCUCAACAUCAAUCGUAGUGAGUGCCUGAAGGGGCCAUCGUCUCUUGUUGCAUUCUGUAGGACUCCGAUAUCUGUCUUUUCAUUGCUAGUAAUGUCGAGUGAGCGUGAACCUUUCAUCUGUCUUUUGUAAAUAACAAACCGUUUUAAAUAGGGUUAAAUAGCUCAUACCUUUUUUUCAUGCAGACAUUUUACCACACACAAUUGUCACAGAAAGAUCAAAAUGAAUAAAAGUGGCAUGUUUACGUGUAGGCCUAUUUGUGUAUUAGAGAUUCUCCUUUUCUGAUUUUAUUACAUGCUGCUCUAAGUACUUUAUGAUCGGAGGGUUUAAUUCCCACCUAAGAAGCAACAAGGACAGCAGUACCUGAAUAUUCAUUCAAACAUAAAAAUAUCAUAGAUGGACCAAAUGAUUAUGUUUAAAUUAAAUAUUUUGUUUUUCUGCCCAGUUGAGCCCCACAGCUGUCAAUGAUGCCUUGAAAACUAUUUUGGACACUCAAAAGAAAAGGAGAAUUCUAUUUUAUUUCCCACGCGUGCUCCCAAGAUUUUGACACUUCACAUUUACAGGAAUAAAAUGACUGAAGGGUAAUUUCCUCAUUUCAUAUUUUCAACCCGCUGGAUGUUUAGAACAAUGGAAUUCAGUUUGAAAAUACUUGAAAUAUGAACAAAAACGCAUGGUGCUAUAUAUUUUUCACCCUCUUCUGGUUUCGGUAUGUAGAUGGUCCCCAUGGAGGAUAGCUCAGGUCAAUCGCGAGAAAAAUAGAAGUGAAGGUAAAACCAGACUCGUUCAGCACCUCAAUGCAAGCUGGUUCGCUGAACAAAAGUGAGAGCAUUGAAAGGGAUCAAUAUCCUGCUCCCAUGGGACGUUAUACCUUCCAUAUGUCUUGGCCCUAUCCAAAAUUCUACGUUUUAAAUCGAUAUCACUAUGGUCGACUGAAAGAAAGCUUAUCACUUGUGUAUAUAUAAAUAUGUUGGUGUCUUCUUUUUCUUCCAAAAAUCUUCUGAAAUGCUGCUUUUGAUUAGAACUCGGAUAGCAGUUUGCUGUACAUUGAGCACUUGGUAGAUUGUGUAUGAGCUACGUGGACGAGGGGGUCAAGACGAAAGACUAACAUCCUAAUUCUGAUUUAUAACUGUAUUUAAUCUCUAUGCUCAUAUGAACCUGUAAACCACAAUUUAAUAUACCGGUAAUUCUUUAUUGCUUAACUGACCAAAGGUUGCAAUAGCGUAAAACAUAUAUUACGGUAAUACAAAUGAAGCAUGCAUUAAUUGACAUUUCUAACAACCAUGUCAAAUAUCCGAUCAUCACGCACUCUUUUACACCAUUUCUGUACUGCACAUACUGUAUAUGGGCCAUUUUGUGGCUUCAUACACACACACACACACACACACACAAAUGCUAGUUGUUAGGUCCACGUGUGCCCUGCAAUCGGAUGGCACCCAGUUCAGGCUGUACUGGCCAAAGUCAGCUAGAAUAGGGCUCCUAGAUAAAGCGCUUCAGAUCAUAGAUGGAUAGAUAUACUAAUAACCUGGUAACCAAUUCCUUGAUGGCUUUAAUUCAUCAAUAUGCAUAGUUGUUUUGUUUAAUCAAAAUCUUGAAGUGUUGGGUCAAAUCCUCAUCCCAAUGCACUGAGAAUAAUAAAACACACCAUUGGUUAGGUGUCUUUUGGACUUCAAUGUUGGGUUAUAGCAAGCUCAACCCAUUUGGGUUAUUUGAGCAAGCAGUUUUAGGAGUGUAUGAUGCAAGUGACUUGUUGUGAUGACCCAUGACGGAUGCAAGUUGCUUCUUCCUCUCAGAAAAUGUUGUGACACCGGAAAAAAAACAGUUGGGUCAAAAAUAACCCAAUGUGGGUGAAAAAUGGACAAUCCACUCCUUGGGUCAAUUUCACCCAACUUUCUGGAUUGUUUUGCACAAACAACCCCUAAAUAUGACUUGUUUUUACAUACAUCUAAAAAACACACCAACAGCUCGUAAAAUUGUGUAAUUUUGUACAAACCAACCCAGAAAGUUGAAUCAAAUUAAUGUAAUGGGUUCAUCCAUUUUUACCCAAAUUUGAUUAUUUUUCACCCAAAUGCUUAUAAUUUGUCAUUUAUAACCACAGCGACACUGAUAUAACAUGGUAACACAUUUCUUGGUAACUUUAACUCAUCAGCAUUGGUCGUUGUUCGGCCAAUGCUUUCUCAAAAGUUCAAUCCAACAUGUUGGCCCAAAUUUUCAACCCAAUCUGCUGCAGAUAGAUAACCUAGCAGUGGUUCGGUCCCUUUUGGACUCAGCUCUGGGUUGGUAAUUUUACCUAAUUUGAGUUACUUUUCACUUCGCACUUUUAAGAGUGUAAAAAAAACGCUUUACUAGGGUCGCGGGGGGUGCUGGAGCCUACACUAGCUGUCUUCGGGCAGUAGGCGGGGGACACCCUGAAUCGGUUGCCAGCCAAUCAUAGGGCACACAGAGACGAACAACCAUCCACGCUCAUACUCACACCUAGGGACAAUCUAGAGUGUUCAAUCAGCCUGCCACGCAUGUUUUUGGAAUGUGGCAGGACACCGCAGCACCCGGAGAAAACCCACGCAGGCCCGGGGAUAACAUGCAAACUCCACACAGGGAGGCCGGAGCUGGAAUCGAACCCGGUACCUCUGCACUGUGAAGCCGACGUACUAACCACUGGACUACCGGGCCGCCAUUGAUCAGAAACUAUUCAGACAUUUUUAGUUCCAACCAGGCCUUGAUGAGACAUCAGACCGUCUCUCUUGUCUGUACUGUCAUCUUCUGUUUUCUUGAUGUUUGUACUUAGCAGUUUAGUGAAGAGAUGAAAUAAUAUGGUCUUGGUGGAAGAAGAACAACAAAUGAGUCAACUGUUCAUCAAGACUGGUGUUUAAAAGAUAAAUCGGUGGUUUGUCAGUUCUUGUGAACCCAUAAGGUGGAAGAAGCACUUUUUGAUGGGUUUGCUGUGUUUGUUCUGUCUUGUAGAGCGUGAAGAAUAAUUACAUAGUGGAUUGAUUUAUUUUCAUACAAGUGGAAAUAUAGAAGGUGUACCUCAAAGCACAAUUUAUUCGGAAAAUACUGAUUGCGGUUUACUGAUUCCAUGAACGAAUUUGUUGAAAUUGUUUCCCAGACUGCUGAAUUUGGUUCAAAAAGCAAGCUGGAAAUCUUGCUUUCGCCAAUGAUUAGCGCUAACUGUUCUGUGUUUAUACUCGACAGAUCAGAAAAGUAAUUUCUUGAAAAUUGCCUUGGAAUCUGUCGCUUGAAUUCCAAAUAUGUUAUUUGAAAAAAAAAGCACUUUGAAUAAAAGCUGCCUUUUUUUUUGUUCUGCUGCUUUGUAAUCAGUUAAUGUAGUGGGAUUCUUUCUAUUCAUGCCUUGACAACCAACCAUUCAAAACUGUAAUAAUCUGAUAAGCUGCUCUUUAACACAACUUUUCUUUGGAUUUGACGAGAGAAUUUCCCCAUUUUGUGUAAAACCAGUGCAAACGAUAAUAAUCACGUUAAAUAAGAUUCGGAGUAAAUUUAGAAGAAACGUGUCAAAAGCAGCCGAUAAUGUGGCAGUCACAGCCGCUAAUAUGUCUUCAGAAAGAGUCUUGGUGCAACCUCUUAAGGAUGAGAUAUCAUCAUGAACUCAAUGUAGAGUGUCUGCGUUGUUUGUUAGCUGCUGAUUUUUGAAUAUAUCAAUUUUUUUGUCUUUGUCUUUUGAGGGAGAUGGCAGGGUUAAAUCUGUGCUUCACGGCGUUCAUGCUUGGAACUGACACAUCUUGGUGUCAUCCGCGUAUUCGUCUAUUGGAGAUUGCACUGCAUUUUUCUUUUGGGUUAUUCUUUGACUAUCAAGACGAACCUCAUAGAUCUUAUACUGUAUACCAAUAAAGUGUAUUUAUUCCCUGCAUUUGUGUUCAGCUACAAAUUUUGAUGGCUGAGAAGAAGGAAGUAACAAAUGCGCGCAAAAAGAGCAGGCCACUAAUAAAUGUGCCACACACUGUAAAAUAAUCCGUUUCGAAUUACGUCUUGAGAUGACGUUGUUAGACAUGACACGUCCUAAAUGAGAGCUGCUUUGGUUUUCUGACCUACUGUGAUUUGCAGUACAUUGACAGAUUGUUUACUUGUGUUUACCCUCAGAGAGUGGUUCAAAAAAACAAUCGUUAAUCAUUAUGUAGGUGUGAAACAUUCGUUCCGAGAAACAGUUGUUUUAACACAAAUGACUACAUACUGAAAAAUUAUAGGUAAAAUAAAAACACAACUCUAAAAAGUUGGAUCAAAUAAAUUGUUUGGAUGAAAUGCCUAAAUUUGUGGGGGUUUGUACUAAACAAACCGAUUUGGGGGGUUGAUUUUUUUUUUUUGGGUGGGGGUGGCUCAUUUUGACCCAACUUUUUUGGUUAAAUGGAUAACCCCCCAAAACGGGUUGCUCUCUUUUUGAUCCAUUGAUUUUAGAGUGUAUGUAACGAGGGUUCAGUUAAUAUGUGGAAUAUGCAUAGUGACAGCACAACACAUACACAAAAAAAAAAAUGCUUCAGAAGCUGAGUUAUGUAAAGGACAUAAAUUUAGUCAUUUGUUUAAGGCCUGGGUGGGGCGUUAAUAAUACUGAAGAUGGAAUGAAGGUUCCAGUCAGCGUUAUGGUCGUAGGAUUUUGGGGACAUUGAUGAUUAACCUCAUGAAGGGAAAUCUGCUUCUCCUAACAAAGACGCCUUAAAGUACCUUUAUAAUGCGAGACUGUGCAUUUUGUCUAUUUUCAUUGUGUGUUGUGUUCAUCCGGGAACAAUGAUGUCCACUGAGGAAAGUAGUUCUCAUGCCGUGAUUUGGACAGGACAGUCAUAUGCAGGAUGACAAUGGUCGUCUAACAAAGUUUGAUAUAAAUGAAUUUAUUUAUUUAUAUAUAUAUAUAUAUAUAUAUAUAUAUAUAUAUAUAUAUAUAUAUAUAUAUAUAUAUAUAUAUAUAUAUAUAUAUAUAUAUAUAUAUAUAUAUAUAUAAAGGUAAAGAAUUGGGACUUGUGGUGACAAAGUGAAAAUGUGUUUGUGCUUGUCAUGUGAAUGUUUGCAUACUGAUGAAGUGAUGGUUUGCUGUUUAGUUUUGCCCUCUUCGCGGUUCUGGAGCAUGGAACUUAGAGAUGAGUUGAGUUUUUGUUUGAAAGUUAAUAGACCUGAAGAACAUGGUUAAGAUAUGUACAUUUUAGGAUAAGUGUUACGUAUAUUGGAGUGUCCUGUAGUCCGUUAGAGUAUGAUUUAACAAAAAAAAUAAUAAUCUCAACAGGUUUUGUACUGUACUAGUUCAUUCACUCUAUGUCAAGUACUUUAUCAGUAAUCAUUACUUGCCUUGUAAUAUUUGAAAUCAAGCUAUGUUUAGAAAUGGUAACCGAGACGGCAACGUUUUAGAGUGUCUGCAUGCCACUGGUUGGGUCCUAGUAUAACAGAAAAAUUAUAUGGAGGGGAAAAAAAUGGUGCUAUGUUACAUGAUAUAAAGGUGCUUCUUUGGACCCAAGCUAAAUGCAUGCCAAGAUUAGGAAAACAAAAUAAUUUGAUGUCUUACUUCUGUUCUCAAAAAGUCCCACAUUACAAACCUUUAUCAUAUUUGAAAAAAAGAAAAUCAGUUGGAACAAAGUCUGUUGGUCAUAAAGCUAACUCUUGAAAACAAUGACAUGGGUGCUUACAUGGCAUAGGCUUUCUGCCUGCAGCCUAAAAGACAGACAAUCCCGUAACUUUUUUUUCUUAACCAUUCACUAAUAUUAAGAUGGUUAUGUAUUGAAGUAUGGUUCAAUGUAGCAAAAUAUAUGGAACAUGAAACAUCAAGUAUGUCUUAUUGUUAUUUGAGUUGGGAAAACAAUGAGCUCAAGAAUACAUGAAACAUGGAAAAAAGAUGCAUAUUUUAUUGUUUUUUUUUUCUUUAAUAAAAGUUGGUUAUUAAACUUUUUUCCAAA